AUGCAGUCGGAAGAGAGCGUGACGACGUCGGACAACGUGCCUGGCGAGCGCACAGCUCCCGCCGCAGCCGUUGCAGCAGCAGCGACUGCCGGAGUCGCAGUGCCGUCGGACGUAGCGGUGGCGUGUGGGGCCGCGACGGACGCCACGGGCGUUGCGUGCCGCCUCCACGACGUGACCCCCUCGUCUAUACGUAUACAAGACCCGCCAGCGCUCCGGAGCGCCGAUCGGGGCGACAAGUUGCCGUCCGACGUGACGCACGCGCAGAACGAGCAGCGGCGGGAGCGGCACUGGCGCCGUCUCGUGCACAGCGAGUUGCGGGACCGAUUCAUUGCGGCCAUGAUGGAGCAGCUGCAGCGCAUCACGGGGGACUGUGACGUGCGACACGUGCGGCGAUGUGCGUCUCGGUACGAGUCGUUUGUGUGGAAGAAGAGCCGGAACCAAGUGCAGUACAUGCAGAAGCUCGAGCAGCGCAUCGAGUCGCUCCGUCGUCAGCCUGUGGCUGAUGCGAAUGAAGGCGGUGACGUCACGGCGCGGCUUGAUGAAGACGAGCGACGGCAGGUCGUUCAGGCUGCGGCCGUUGGGUCGGCGCCUGGACCGUCGUCGAUCAUGCCGUGUCCAUAUCGCUGCCACGACGUGCAGCAAGACGGUGCAAGGGCUGGUCCGCUGGCGGGGACAGCAGAACGACGACACGCGAGUUGCUCGAGCGAUUACCGAGCGAAUAGCUCGGUGAGUGGCAGCAACAACAAGCGCGCUGCAAGACGGAAGGGACGCACGCCAUCGGCCCAUGGAGCACCCAGCACGUCUCUGGCAAGACGUGACGAGCUGUACUUUGCCAAGCUGCGCGUGAUGAAGAGUCGGUACCGCGACGAAGUUGCACUGGUAUUCCGCGAGCUCUGUCGCGUGAACACAGUGAUCCGAACUUCCGCGAGUUUGCGACGUCACGAGUCGAACAAUUUGGGCGACUUCCUGGCCAACCUCAAGAAGAUUAUUUAUUUGCUCGAGCAGCAGCCGGACGAGGCGUGCGGUAUGAUUCCCGCUCGCAAACGAGCGGUCGAGUACCUUGACGUGGUGGAAUCGCACAUCCAGCGAAAAGUGCUGCCGAUCCUCCACCGCCUGCGUCACACGUACUCGACUAUAUUGCGCCCCAUUGUGCUCAACUACAUGAAGAAUAACUAUCGCUUCAAUCGACGGUUUUAG